AGCGCCCCGGCUCGAGGCCCGCGGGGAGCGCGGCGCGGUCCGUCGUCUCGCGGAGGGGCGGCCUCCCGGCAUCUUCGCGGCGACCGAGGACCGGCGGCCAGGGGGAGCGACCGGGAUGGCGCGUCCGCGGCCCCGCGAGUACAAAGCGGGAGACCUGGUCUUCGCCAAGAUGAAGGGCUACCCGCACUGGCCCGCCCGGAUUGAUGAACUCCCAGAGGGAGCUGUGAAGCCUCCAGCAAACAAGUACCCUAUCUUCUUUUUUGGUACCCAUGAAACUGCAUUUCUAGGUCCUAAAGACCUUUUCCCAUAUAAGGAAUACAAAGACAAGUUUGGAAAGUCAAACAAACGGAAAGGAUUUAAUGAAGGAUUAUGGGAAAUUGAAAAUAAUCCAGGAGUGAAAUUUACUGGGUACCAGACAAUUCAGCAACAGAGCUCUUCAGAAACUGAGGGAGAAGGUGGAAAUACUGCAGAUGCAAGCAGUGAGGAAGAAGGUGAUAGAGUAGAAGAUGGAAAAGGCAAAAGAAAGAAUGAAAAAGGAGGCUCAAAGCGGAAAAAGUCCUACACGUCAAAGAAGUCUUCUAAACAGUCCCGGAAAUCUCCAGGAGAUGAAGAUGAGAAAGACUGCAAAGAAGAGGAGAACAAAAGCAGCUCUGAGGGCGGCGACGCUGGCAAUGACACAAGAAACACGACUUCAGACUUGCAGAAAGCCGGUGAAGGGACCUAACUACCGUAAUGAAUGCUGCAUAUUGAAAGAAACCACAAGAAGGUUAACUGUUUGGUUGUCUAAUCUUGGAUUUGAUGUGACCCAACAGUCUUUGUUGUCACUGACAGAGCCCCAGUGUGUGCAUUAUUCACGUUCCUCUCUGUUCUGUUGAAGGAAAAAGAGACAUUUUAACCUUUCCAAGGUUAUUGACUUAAUUUUAUGUUAUUUGGUUGCAUGAAGUUGCCCUUAAUCACUAAGAAUGAACAAGAUUCUGCAGACUUGUCUAGGCUCCUUUUCCAAAGCAGUCCAAGUCAUCAGCUUCCUGCCUCUACCCCACCAUCAUCAAAUACUCAGCUAAAUAGUAAUUCGUAUUUUUAGAUGACUACUCAACAUAAUACUUGAGGAUGGGAUUUUCUUUAUAACAGAACCCAAGAACCAACUCCUAGAUGCAUACUGUUGGUAUAUGGGAGAUAAAAUUAGAGUCAUCUUUCAGUUUUAAGGCCAUGUGUAAAGUUUAACCAUAUUGUACAGUACCUGUUCUGUAUUAGAAAUAGCUCGUUGAAACUUACACUUCUCAAAACUCAUGUUCCUGUGUACACAAACUGAGUUUGUAUGUGAACUUAGUCUUUUUGUGUCAUACCAAAAUAAAGCAAGGAUUUAUUUUUUUCCAAAAGCCAAUAUGAUUUGAGCCAAUCACUCAAGAUGGUCACUGUCACUUUACACUCGAAAGCUGAAAUCAGCAGGAGCACUAUGGGAAAACAAAGCAUUGACUCUUGAAUAUAGACUUUUAAAAUAAACUUUUCUUUUAGAAUUAGAGUAGUUAACAUUCAUCCGCCAACCGUUAUUAUGUGUACAUUAUUGCCGCUAUUGUGAUAAUAGAGUCGUAUUUAUUUUUAUGCCAGCUUAUACUGUGAGAACAGAUUAGUCAGUCUGGGUUUCAUCAAUACUGCUAUGCUUGUCCUUGGAAGAUCUUUUGUGUGUGUUUGAGGUUUGUAGCUGAAAAGUUUACUGUAAAAAAAAAAAAACAAACAAAACCAACAAAAAAAUGUAUUGUUUUUACAGAAUAAAUUUAUUGGAAUGUGUACUGGGAGUAAGGUUUGAGGUUGUAAACAGCUGAGUUCGUGUUAUUUGGCUUCAUAUGUAUAAUGUGAGGUAUUCAUGUAAUUCCUGUAUUAUAGCAAACAAUGACAGCAAAUUGACAUUAGAAUUAAGUGCAGGUGAAAUUUUUAUUUUUUCUAUCAUUUUUCCUUUUAAGUAUUCUGGAUGUUAGGUUAAUUGAACACUGGGAGGGACAGGAGGGGGUAGCAAUAGGAUCUGUCUGCACGUCUGAGACAACCCGCUCAGUGGACCCCACGUUACACACAGACUGUGUGCGUCCCAUUUGCUUUUGGUGUUCUUACUUUGGUGAAGAACUAAUGGACAUGGAGAGAAAAUAGAAGAAGACGUAAAGCCCAGUGUCAUUGUGGUGAUGGAGGGGAAGCGGAGCUCCAGGUGGAUGCACAUUAAGAGACAGGCCGUCAAGUCAGGUUUUUUUCUGAAAAGGUACUUUUUAAUUUUAAAUAUUUUAUUUUAAAAUAAUGUAAUUUGUCAAAAGAUCUCUUCAUUGUCAUGCAAAACUUAUGGAGAAUGUAGAUAGCAUUUUAAAUUGGAACAUAUAACAAAGGUUUUUGUUUGUUUGUUUAUUUGCAACAGGGUUUCUCUGUGUAGCCCUGGUGGUCCUGGAAUUUGCUCUGUAUGUAGACCAGGCUGGCCUCGAAAUCAGAGAUCAGCCUGUCUCUGAAUCCCAAGUGUGGGAUUAAAGGCAUGUGCUACCACUACCUGGCACAGAUUUCUUAAAUAAAAAGUUCAAAAUU